AUGCAGACGGAGACGGGAGCGCGAUCCGCGGGACAAGGUAUCAACACGGCUUUCAUCAACGGCGAGCCGCCGGUCAUCGGCGCGGGUGCGCAAGGCCACCGGCUCCUUCAUCAAAGUAUCGUCUUCGCGCUAAAACACCAAGCCGGCCUCGGCCUCAAGCCGGCGCUUGUUACGUGGUCGGCGCGUCACCGUGGCCACUCGCUACGCUACAUGCAGGCCGUGCUCUUGACGUCCCCGGUCCCGGCCUGGUCGUCACCAAGCAUGGCUGUCGUUGCCAACGCCUACGCGCCGUGGGGCAACUUUGCCGACCUCGCCUUCGCCGACCCGUUGCUCCCUCGGAUCCGGCGCCUGCUUACGUCGAAGGCAGUGCCCGACCGAUUCAAGUUCAUGCUCAAGUACUGGUUCGACAUUUGCGUGGGGCCGAGCACGGUACCGGCGCCGUCGCCGCUGGUCCACGCACAACCGCUUUGGUCCAACCAGUUUCUCCCGACCACAAGAUGGCACACUCGGUACGCCCGGACGAUGGCCAAGAUCGGGAUCACUCAGGCCCAGCACGUCCACACCUUGAUGCUCGCCGCCGCCCCGACGGAGACGCUCGCGACAAGAACUCAACGCCUUAUCCACGCGGUGACGGCAAAGUGCCGCGGCCGUGACCUCGGCCCACACGUGAUACCGAACGACAAGUGGCUUGGCUGGCUCGCUACGACGGUCGACGCCUUCACGUGUGACCCCGUGCCAAGCCCGACUCCCAAGCCGCCAUGGCUGGCGGCGCGCGUCGCUCAACUGCACUUGCACCACAGCCUCGUACAAGAGCCCGAGCAGCCUGCUCUUCGUCGGCUUCUCCGGCUCCUCGCCCAACACGAGUGGCCGCGACGUCACCUCAUCCCGCGGAUCGCGCUCCUGCCUCCGCCUGCCUAA